GUCGGUGUGUGUGUGUGUGUGCGGGGGCAAGAGAGAGAGAGGGAGGGGUGGAUGGGCGGCUGCGAAUAGCCUGCCUGCCUGCCGUGUUUCCGUCUCAUUUUUCUUCUUUCGACUUGCCCUCCAUGCAUGGAACGAGGGCUGAGUAAUUGCAUGCUUGAGGGGCUGAGUUGCAUCACGAGUGCUGUAGGUGCGUGUGGUGUGGUGUGGUGUGGCUUUGCCUGGGCUAUGGGUAGCUAGCUACUGCUACGUACGACAGACAGGACGAGUGUGCUGUCGAUUCCGCGCCCAAAUCAUGCCUGCCUGCCUGCCUGCCUCAUGGACCAACGACUGCAUGCUCAUGUCUGAGCGUGAGACACCCAUGGAAGCAUAGCUGGCCAUGGCUGGCCACCCAAACCAAACCACGACGGCCGACCGUGAAGGAAGGGACACACAAGACCUCACAUCAUCACAGCCGGCCGUUGCAGGCUGGCUGGCUCGUCAGUCAGUCAGUCAGUCACGGGAGAGUUAAUGGCAUCACGAUGGAUGCGAUGCAGCCACUGGACGGAGCGCACCACAUGACGCAUAGCAUGAGCAUCCACACACGCACAAAUGCCACACUAGGCUGAACGACUGGCUGACUGGCUGGCUGGCUGGCUCGCACCACGCUCGUAUCGACAACAAGGACGACGGGACGGACGGACGAAAGAGGGAGACACACAAAAACAGCUCGCUCACUCACUCAGUCAGUUGUGUAUGUUUGUUAUGCAUGUCUAUGAUGGCUGUAAGACCAGCCCCGCGGCGAUGGUCUUGCCCCGAUCCCGCAGAAUCACACGACUCAACGUGCCCACACCACCAGAGCCUGACACACGUGGAUUAAUUGGAUGAUUGGAUGGAUGGGGGAAGGAAGACACAGAGGGGAACCACAGACAGACCCACAGCGAUCCAGUCAGUCUAUUUAAUCUAUAGCUCUCUGUGUGUGAGCAUGUGAUGUGUGGUGUGUGUGUUUGUGUGUAGUGUACCCUUGCAGUCGAGGCACACAGGUUUUGGGACCGUCAGCCGAACGAUGGCCACCAUGCCCUUCACCAGAGCCCUGAUGGAUGGAUGGAUGGGACACACGAGAGGAUCGAUAUAUGUCUGGCGGACAGGACCCCACAAGGGCCGGGCCGUCCGUAGCUUAGCUUAGCUUAGCUUACUUUGGUCGUUUGUUUUCCCUCUCUCCAGUCUGUUUGUUGACGAUAGCCUCGAGGGCCGCUAUGGUCGCACUGUCCACCCCCGUGUGCAGGUACAUCAUCACCUGGUGGACAUCACAAUAUCACACAAUCUCACAAUCUCUCACACACAAGUCUCUCUGCGCCUCUCUUAGAUACGUGCUGCUUGUCUUGUGUGUGGGGGCUGGCCUGACCUGCUGGCCCUUGACGAUUGGGAUGUCCAGAUCAAACACCAGCAGCUGGGCCGUGAACGAUGUCACCACCGGCAAGGGGGACGACGGGUCACACAGCACGGACGACACGCUGCACCGCACCCCCACCACACAAGAUACCACAAGACCUGCAGGCCGCCCUUUCUUUGACGUGUCGGCAGUGCGUCUGUCUGUUUGUGCUGUCAGUCAGUCCGCCCACCUGACGAAGUGCGGCUCCACAUUGAGAAGGGCCGUGUCGACAUAGUCUCCGCUGCGGCACUCAGGCACUGACGCCCCGCGGCACUCGAGGCCCUUGACGAUGGCCGUCUCGUUGGAUGGCAGGAUGAGCACCUUCUGCCCGUUGCGCAGCGUCCCACCGUCGACCUUCAUCGACACACUCGUCUUGUCACCCGUGCGCCACACGUCACUCACGCACCCCUUGAACGGACCGCCAGACGCACCGGUGCUGUCGCCGCGACCCUUCGUCUGCAGGCCGUCUGUAAGCACACACACACGGGGGGUGAGGAUGCAAGUCUCUCUCGCUCUCUCCAUCCACCCAGUGCAGUGACGCACGCACCGAUGAGGUCGACAAGAGUGGCCCCCUCGCCCCACCAUGCCUUCAGCUCUGUGUGGAUGGAUGCCACAGCCAAGACAAGGAUGGCAGUCAUGCCAUUCAUUGUCUCUCCUAAGACCUCGUUGACAGAUAGGGUUACUCACUGACUCCCUCACCAGCGCAGUUGUUGUCGACGAUGUUGGUGCCCUCGAAGGCGCUGAGUGGGAGGUACUGGACGUUGCUGCUCUUGAAGCCAGCCUCGGGGCCGAUGAUGAAGCCGUGCAGCGGGUCCAUCACGCUCCGGUAGCGAUCCUCGGACCAACCCACCUGGGAUGGAUGGACAGACACACAGGCGUAUCUAUCGUGCACAGCAUACGUGUGGGCGUUGAUUGAUUGAUGAAUGACAGCUGUGUUGUCUUGUCUUGUGUUGUGUUGUGUUGUGCUGCUUACGGCGUCGAGUUUGUUGAUGGCGACGAUGAGUUGGCCGAUGCCGAGCGCCCUCACCAGCUGCAGGUGCUCCUUCGUCUGGCCACCGCGCUCAAAACCUGCACACGCACCACAACCACACCACACCACACCACCACGUCAACACAUGAUCCGACCCAAGCAACACAUUUUGGUGCGACCGACACAUGUUGUCGCACCCGUUUUGUUAACGUCCGGCUCACCCACCUGCCUCAAACCUGGUCACGUCCACAACCAACAAUGCAGCAUCUGCCUGAUCGACCGAAGGAAAGAGACAAAUGGUUCGGGCGACACACAAAGUGUUUGCGAGACCAAGAGAGGAAGGCAUAUAUGUGCGGACGGACGGACACACGCACCAUGACGGCUCCCGAGAGCAUGUUCGGGACGAAGUCGCGGUGGCCGGGGGCGUCGAGGACGGUCACCACCUUGUGUUUGGUGGCAAAGUGCUUCACGCACACGUCAAUCGUCACGCCACGCGCUCGCUCAUCUUCGCCUGCAACACACAUACACACAUACACACAUACACACAUACACACAAUAAAGGACAAACCAAACCCCUCGCUCGCACAGGAAAGCUCCUGUGUAUGAGUGUGGGUCUCUGCCUGUGUGAUCAAUCCAUCACCAGCUGACUGACCUUCGUCGAGUACCCAUGCGAAGGCGAAAGAUCCCUUGCCGAUCUCCUUGGACUCCUUCUGGUACCUGUGGAUCUGCUUGGUCGUCACCGCACCCAUCUUGACCAAUAAAUGACCCAUCAAAGUUGACUUGCCUAACAGACAGAGAAAUCAAGUGGAAACAACCACACACAGUGGUCGAGCAGCCGAUGUGCUAUCUGCUGCUCCUUCCUUGAGGACCCACCCACCGGCAUCGACGUGUCCGAUGACCACCAGGUUGAGCGGUGCGAGGCUCAGCAGCCUGGCGUCUGCCUCGGGCGGCUUCUCCCCCUCCACCCCUCCCAUGAUGCCCUCCUCGGCCGCGCGCACACGCUCCUUCUCGUCAGACCCGCCACGCGACAGGAUGCCCUCAUCCACUGACAUCGAUGGCGCCAGUGGCGGCCGACCACUCCCGGUGCUGCCGUUCUGUUUCGGCUUUGACAGCGGCGGCGCCUUGGCGGGUUCUGACUUGAUGGCGGAUCCUUUGCGUGAGGCGGGCUGGGUGGAGGGGGCCGAGGAGGACUGCUUGGCUGGUUUGGGUGGCUUCUUGGGCGCCUGAUGUUGGCGAGAUGAUGACGCUUGUUGUGGUCGGUAGUCAUCGUAACCGUCGUCGUCAUAGUCGUCGAAGUACUCGUCAUCUGAACGUGCGGAGCAGAGCACACAGUAUUCGCGGCCAGAUCUAUUCUGUCUGUCUGUGCCUGUCGUCACCGUACCAUCGUAGUCGAUGUUUUUGACCCGCCGCCGACUCAUUCUCGUUGUACCACGCGCAUUGACGAAUCCAGGUGACACAACGAAAUCGGCGCUUUCUGUCUUAGACGACGUUCAGCUGGGGACGUUCGCUAAGUGUCG